AUGAUAAAUGAAUCAUAUAAUAAGGCACUGAAAACAGAGAACGAGGAUACAAAUAACAAAAAAAAAGGAUUAAAUGAAAAUUGUUUUGAGGAAGAGAAUGGAAAAUCUUUCAAUAAUAGAGAUAUUAAUGCAAAUGACAAUAACAAUAUAUAUAUGAUUAAUAAAGGAGGUAUUAUCGAAAAUAGUUUAGAUAAAAAAAGAACAAACACAAAUAUGGAAAAAGAUAAAAUAACUAAAGUUAAAAAAAAAAAAAUUACAUUAGAUUUAAAUGAGAAUAACAAAAUAAAAUUAGAAAAUAAAAAAGAAGUGUCUAUAUGCAAUGAAGGAAAAGAAAAUAGUAAUUUAAUAGAAAGUGAAAUAUUAAAAGAAGGUACAGAUAAUAAUAAUAAAGUUUUAGUUAAAACAUAUAGUAGAAUGAAUAAAGAAAAAUACAUAGAAAAUCAAAAUUUAGAUAUAGAUAUUUUAAGUAAAGAUGGUUCUUCGUUUAAAAUGAGAAAAGAAAAGAAAGAAAAAAAUGGUGAUAUAUAUUAUGAUGUAGUGGAUAAAAAUGACAUUAAAAAUAAAGAAAGUAACACAAAAGAAGAAAAAAAAAAAGGUGUUCACAGUUUUAAGGAUGAAAAAGAAAAGUUUUCCAUGAAAGAAAUAGUUUAUAAUAAAAAAGAAAAAAAUGCUUUAGAAAUUGACAAUAAACAAAACGUAAUAGUAAAAUGCAGUGAACAUAACAAAUACAGUGAGUUAUUAAAUUUCGAUGAAAUAGAUAAUAGCUUUGAAUUAAAUAAUAGCUAUGUAAAACUAAAAAAUGAAGAUAGUGCUUUGAAAAAUGAUAAAUUAAAUAACUCAAAUUUCAAAGAAACAGAAUUGUUUAAAAAAGUCAGAAUAUCAAAAGCAAAAAAUAGUAUUGAUAAAAAAGAGUUGCAAAAUAUAGAAUACACUACAGAAAGAGAACUUAAUAGCAAUAUUCAUGAUGAAACAAAGUUAAAAGUGAAAAUAUUAGAAAAAAAAGAAUUAAGAAAUAUAAAUAAUAAGAAGAUACAUGCCGAAAAGUGUGAAGUCGUGUCAAAUGCUAGAAUGAAUGAUAAAAUAUUAAAUGGCAAAAAGGAAGGUAAUAAAGAAAUUUUAAUUGAUGAAGAAAGACAAUAUAAAAGAGAAAAGAGUAAUAAAAAUGAAUCUUCUGUAGAUACUAAAAAUAAAAUUAAACAAGACAUACUAGUUACUGAAAAGACAAAUAGAAAGAAGAAAACAAAUAAUUCCAAUGAAGAAAAUAUGUAUGCAAAAAAAAAAAAAAAUAAUAAUAAUUAUAUAGAUGAAAAUGUAACUAAAGAAAAAAAAAGUAAUAAAAGUAUAAAUGAAGAAGCUAUUUAUGAGAAAAAAAAAGAGAAUAGUACUUAUUGUGUAAAUGAGAAUAAAAUAAGAGAUAAAAAAUGUAAUAAUAGUGAUAUUGAUGAAACUAAUAGAAAUGAACAUAUUAAUAGGGAACAACAAAAUAUUAAUAAUAAAUAUGAUGAUCAUGCAACCUUUAAAAAAAAAUAUGAAGAAAUUGUAAAAAAUAAAGAUUUAAAUAAGAACGAGGAAGACAAUGUGCAUGAUUUUACUGGAAAUAAUGAAAUUUAUCAAAUAUCCAAUGAAAAUAAGUCUGGAAAUGUAAAAAAGAAAUAUACAAGACUAUUGAAAAGCUUGGAAACGAACUUGACAAAAAAGAUUAUAAACAAAGAAUGUGAAAAAAGAAUUAAAUCAUGGGGAGAAAAUAUAACUUUACAAGAAAAAAUAAAUUACUUUAUAAAUAAUAAAAUUGCUACAAAGACAGAAUAUAAAUAUGGAAAGAAGCCAAAUACUUUGUCUAUAUGUAACCAAUUUAGCUUAUAUAAUCACUUAACAAUGUUAAAUGAUUUUAACAGAUUACAUUAUUAUAGGGCAGCAAUGAGGUGGACAGGGCAUAAAGAUUUAUGCAAUGCUAAUACUAACAAUUUUGUGAAUCACGAAAAUAAUAUUACUGCUGAUAAUAUAAAUAGUAUAAGUAAUACAACUAAUGGAGAAAAUACAGGUAGUCUAUGUAAUACAGAGAGUAUAAAUAGUAUGAGCAAUACAAUAAACAUGAAUACCACUGAAGUAUAUAACAUAAAUAAGUUUAAUGGGUUUAGUAAAAUAGAUAAACCAGAUAUAUUUUUUGAAAACAAUAAAGGUUGUUAUGUUUAUAAUAAAAAUAUAAUAGAAAUAGGAACAGGCCCAUUAUCCUUAUUAUCCAUUAAUGCCAUUUUAAAUGGUGCCAAACAUGUAGAUGCAUUAGAAGUUAACAAAGAUGCGUCUGAUAUGGCAAAAAAAUUAAUAGAGGGGUAUAACUUAGAAGAUUACAUUAAGAUUAUAAACUGCUAUUCUAAAGUAUAUGAAUAUAGAGAAGAAGAGCAUCAAAGAAGAUUAAAAAAAAAGAAUGCAUUAUACAAUUUUUAUGAUAAUGCUAUUGGUGAAAAUUUUUGUAAUAAUUUUAAUUACGAUUUAAUAAUAAGUGAAGUAAUUGGGGAUUUUGCUUCUCAAGAAGGUGUAGCUGAUAUUUAUUUGGAUUUACAUAAAAAAAUAUUUUCCUACAGAAAAUAUCAGGAAUACUUAAAUAAUUGGAAUAUUAAUAAUAAUAGUAUAGAAUGUGACAUAAAAAAAGAAAAUAAUGAAGAAGAUAAAAGCGAUAUAAGUGAAAAAAAAAAGGUACAAAAUGAAAAUAUUAAGAAAGAAAAAAAAUUAUCAUAUAUUGAAUUCUCUUCUAAUGAGGAAUUAUAUAAUUCUGAAGAAUUUUACAAUAUGAAUAUUAAAAGCAUCCCAUAUAGUGUUACAACAUAUUAUUGUCCUGUUAAGUUUCCUUAUUCUGAUAAUAUUAUAUAUAAAAGUGAAAACUAUCCAGAAAGAACUAUUAUAAGUCCACAAAAUAAAUUAUUGCAAUCAGUUAUAUUAGAUUGGUCUAAUUUAACUUUAAAUGAAGAAAAAAAUAGUGAAGAUAAUUUUGGUGUUUUAGAAUAUCUAUACCUAGAACAAAAUUUAAAAAAUCAAGUAAUACAAAAGAGAAGUAAUUUAUUUCAUAUUCAAAAAAAUGCUCCAUUCUGUGGAUUUUUAAUAACAAUUGAUGUUGAAAUUAGGAAAGGGGAGCAUUUUGGUACAAAAUAUGGGACUUGCGAUAGUUGGUAUACUAAUGUCGUUUUAUUAAAAGAUGAAAUAAAGGUUAAAAAAGGUGAUUUAAUUAUUAAUAAAACAUAUACAAAUUUAUUGAAUUAUAAUGAAACUAUUAUUGAUAGAAAAACCGUUUUAGUCUCACGACCUUCAUACACUUUUUACGGUUAUAUAUUACGAUUAAUUAAAGAAAAAUAUUCUGAAUCUACUUCUGAUAAUGAUGAGAUAAAUUCAAGCAAUGAUAAAAACUACAAUGAAUCAAAUGCUUCAUAUGAAGAAAAUGAUUAUGUGUAUUUGGACGACGAAACAAUAUUGUUACUAGAUCGAAAAGAUUUUCAUACCAGAUUUUUGGUACCAGACUUAAAUAAAGCUAGUAGUGAAUACAUUCCUACAAAAGGAGAAUUUAAAAAUAAUGAUACGAAUAACAAAUCAGAUUAUUCUAUUAAUAUAAAGAAAGAUAAUUUUUCUAACAAGAAAACAAAUAUUUUUGAAAAUCAAAAUAACUCCAAAGAUAAUGAUAAAUAUUCUGGGGAUAUUUGCCAUUAUAAAGAUACUAAUAAUGAUAAAAAUAUAUUUAAUAAUAAAUAUGUUGGUGAUGAUAAAUAUCUUAGUGGUAGUAUACUAUAUUCUAGUGCAAUUGAUAAUAAAGAAAACUCAAAUAAUUUUUUAGAGGACAAAAUUCAUUUAAAAACUCAAGGAGAUAUACCAUUGAAUAAAAAUGAAAUAAAUUGUAAAAAUUGGAAUAAUGAAUUACGUAAUGAAUUAUGCAACGAAUUUAAGGAAAACAAGUACAACGAUGAUAUUAACUUCUUAAACAAAAAUAAAUGUAUAAAUACGAAAUCCACUGCAUCAAAUUCAUUAAAACAAGAAAAUAAAAAUACAGAAAAGGAUAAAGAAAGGACGAAAAAAAUUUCAAAGAAUAAUGUAAAUAAGAAAAAAAAAAAAGAUGCACAAAAAAGUAGUAAAAAUAGGAAAACCUCAGAUAAAAGUAAAGAGGAAUAUGAAAAAGACAUUUCGGAUAUUAUUAAUAAUUAUAAUUCAUAUUCAAAAUUCUAUUAUGACAACUUAAAAAAUAAAAUUAUUGUUUAUAAAAAUUUUAAGUAUAAGCUACUAACUUUUUAUGAACCUGUAGUUAUUGACUAUGAUGAGCAGGCAACUGUAAUUUAUAAAAAGGAUGAUAUAUAUAACAGCAGAGAAAAUAAUGUGAAUAAAUUUGUAAAUAACGUAUAUCAAUAA